AUGGAUGAAAACCUCAAAGUGUUUGAAGACACCAUGCAGGUUCCAGUGAAGAUAGAGUAUGAGCUGGGAGAGCAGACAGAGCAACGCCUCAGGGAAAUGGGCGUCCAUUGUGUGGGGGAAACCUUAGACGUAGAGUACUACUACGAUACUGACAGCUUCCAACUGGCUUCUACACAGACCUGGUUGAAUCAGCAUAAUGGCCAGUGGGGACUGAUCCUGCCAGAAGAAGGAGAGCUAAAUCACGCUCAAUCAGACGACACCAAGAAGUCAAAAGAUGAACAUUUUGAAGAAAAGAAAAGCAAAAUACUCAACUCAUCACCUGAAGAAAAAUCAGCAACAGGUGCUGCUUUAAUAGAAACAUCAAGCAAUAAUCGUCCUGAGAAGAAAAUGUGCAAAAUCCAAGUUCAGAGAACAUCCUCGGCUACAUCUCCAACAUACACAGAACUAAGUGACCCACACGCCAUCAUGUCGCGUCUCUCAAAGUGUCUCCAACUCCCUCUGACCCACAAUAAAAUGCAAAGCAUGACCAUGAAGAACUUCUUGAAAAUGGCCCAGAUCCAGAUGUAUGACAGCUGGACCAGGACCAGCAAAGCGAAGUACUCUCUGCCUGGUGGCUUCUCACUAGUGGUGGAGAGAAACUACAGAAUUCCCACUGAAACUCCUUCUGCAUUUUUGAUGAUGAAUGCUGAUGUGCUCAGCAUAAGCAGUGAGCUGGAAAAGAUGGACCGACUGUGCAAAGAACUAGGCUUAAAACCAAAGGCAAAGUCAUUACAAACUGUUGUUGAAGCCUGUAGUGGUCAUGUGGACAUCUACUAAUAAUUCCCUGUCUUGUUUUUACUUUCUAAUCAAUAAAAUUGGCAAAAAGAUCAUUUUAAG